GUUUCCGCGUAGACCAUGAGAUCCGGAGCAUCAACGAUGAUCGUUGUGAGGUGACUUUUCGAUGGCCUUGCUUUCGGAUCUGUCUGCUGCUGACGCUGAUGCUCCGCAUUCGAAUGCUGCCCUUCUGGCCUGCAGCUGCCUCGCUGUCCUCGUUUUAUCCAUCUGGGCAGCCUGCCUGCUGCUUGUCAGGGGCAAGGGAUGCCGCCGCAGCUUCAUGCACGCAGCCGAGCGAGUGCUGUUGGUCUUCGCACAUCCCGACGACGAGGUCAUGUUCUUCACGCCAACACUGGCGGAGAUCCAGCGCCUCAAUCAAGGGAGGAGGAGGCGCAACGAAAGCGAGAUGGAGGUGCACUGGCUGUGCCUAUCCACUGGUGGGUCGUUACCACGCAAGAGGUGGAAAAUGCCCCUCACCGUGUGAUCGUGUUGUUGUGUGUGCGUGCGUCGUUCAGGCAACUAUGAUGGCUUGGGAGGUGUGCGUUCCAACGAGCUGAUGCGAUCGGCUGAGUCCUUCGCCGUACCGGCAGACCGUGUGUGCAUCGUCGAUGAGGCGGACCUGCAAGAUGGAUGGGCGGAGUGGCCGACAGAGGCCACCUCUAAUGCCGUAUUCCAGACACUGAUCAAAGUGCGGCCCGACACGGUGAGGCUUCGUGUGUGACGUGACAGACAGCGGAGCCAUGGGUGUGUGUUCUUCCGGCACGGCUCGCUCUUUUUAUGUGAAUGUGCAGAUUCUGACGUUCGAUGAGUGGGGCGUGUCGGGGCAUCCUAAUCAUCGGGCCGUCGGCAAGGCCAUCAAGUAAGCACAGCACAAGAUACACGUGACUCUGCUGUGGAAGCUUCAAGGACUGCUGCUGCUGCUAUUGGUGUGCAGGUCGCUUUAUGAGCGGAUGAACCCCUCGGCGAGGCUGGGUGUCUACCGACUGAUCUCUACGCCCCUCGUCAGGAAGUACAUCGGUAUGGAUACCAAUGCGAUACGCGGAAUGCGUGUUGCCCAAUGCAGUGCACCACAAUCUGCCCUCCUGUGCGCCCUUUCCUGUUUGUUUGCAUGAUCAGGCAUGCUUGACGUGCCGCUUUCGUGGUGUCUCGACAGGCGUGUGUGCCCGUCCCCCCGCCCCUCCCCUCCCUCUCCGUCGUCGCUGCUCGCCCCCCCUGGAUCCUUGUCUAGUCGUCCGAAGCUCGAGUUGAGGGCAUUGGAUGCCCUCCAGCUGUCGCCCCUGCGCGCCUUGCGGGGCAUGAUGAACCACAGGUCGCAGCUUGUGUGGUAUCGCUACCUAUUCGUCUUUUUCUCCAGGUGACACUCAACGAAACGAACGAACGAACGAACGAUUGUUGAUGCGUCCCUUCGUGUGUGGGUCGAUCGCAUCGAUCGCACAGGUAUGUGUACAUCAACACGUACGAGAGGCUCCUCCCUCCCCCGCCGGCCAAGCCCCCCGCGCUGCCCACGCUCGACAUUCUAGCGCAGCACCUCAUCUCAACUGAGAUCGAUGACACUGAUGAGCUGAUGGACCCCAGCCCGUCGACCUCUUCACCAUUCAGCCAUCCGGAACGCGCCUCGUCACCCGCGACCGACUGCCAGCAGACAAGUGGAGCAGCAGCAGGCUGUCCGCCACCCCGGCGGCAUCGAAGGCGGCAGCAGAAGGGCAGCAUGGCAGCCGGGGUGUCGGAUGAAGCGGCGAGCGACUCCGUGGAGGGCGACAACGGCAGGGCGGCAUUGCGUCCGGGGGGAGAGGGGGAGGCGUGUGUUGCGGAGGAAGACACUGGAUGAGGAUAGAGACAGACAGAUGUCUUCUGUGUGUGAUAUAUGAGACAUUGGCAUUUUAUGGCUGGCUCUUUCGAUUCAGUGUGCCGCACGUGCACAGAGAGGAGGGGCUUCUGAUUGUGCGGUGGUGAACGCUUUUGUUUGUUGCAUAUAUCGGACCUGACCGACCUUUUCUUUCCCUUUUCGAUUACACACACGACAUGUGAAAC